AUGGCCUCUGGCAUGGCCGGCCUCACGGUCUACAACAUGCCACCCUCGCCCCCAAACUGGGAUCGCGUGGGAGUCUUUUACAUCGCAUUUUGUAUCACCUGGACCACUCUUUUGGUUGCGGGUAUGGUCUUCUGCGCAGUCAAUCAUCGAGUUCCUAUCCUUAGGGUUCGCGGUUUACCACUAUCAUUCUCGGCCAUUGCUCUUCUCCACGUAUACUGGAUUCUGGGCCAGAUCACAUAUCCGAUUGGCGCAACUAUGCCCACAGUCCUGGCUUAUGAUGUCCAGUUCUUCGGCAUGGGUGUCUACUUUCCGCUGGGUAUUGCACUGUUCCAAGCCUCCAACCUCCGCUUCCUCCACGUCGCCAGAAUGCAGAAGCAACAAUUCGCCAAUCCCGAACUCCGAAUCGAACGAAAGUGCAACGGCGCUGAGACCUCGUGGCUGUGCCGGCUCAGGAAUAUGGAUUAUAUGAAGAGAACUUUGUGCUUCAUUACCAUCGGCAUGGUAUUGCAGUUUAUCAUCACAGUCGGGAUGUGGUUGGCAUGUGCAAAGUACCACCCCACAUAUGGAAUUCCAGGAACAGAGAUCCAGGGCGCGACAGUCCCAGAGCAGAUCGUGUUUUUGGGCCGAGGAUGGGAAUGGUGGCCUUCCAUGUUAUGGCAGGUGAUCUGGACAUGGAUUGCCGCUCCGAUCCUCAUCUGGAAAGCUUGGGGAGUCCGCGAUACGAUGGGAUGGCGUACCCAAACCAUCGCCUGUUGCCUUUCCAGUCUUCAUGCGACACCGAUGUUCUUGAUCGCAUCCUAUGUGCCUAGUUUUGCCAAAGUCAAUGUUUAUUUCACACCUAGCCAAUGGAUUCAUCUCUCCAUCAUGAUGUGGGAGAUAUUCACGGUGUUUGUUCCGAUCUUCCAAGUCAUCAGGGUCUGGUCUUUGAGGAAGAAAACAAGCAACUCAAUUGCCAAGUAUGGCUCCAGCGCGAUGACAACCGUGACUGAGAAACCACCUUCCUCUAAAUGGAGCCAUGAAUCUUCCUCUACACUCGGCGAAAAGGACCAAUCGGUCGUUUCCUUUGACGACAGCGAAAGCGAUCGGUUGUAUACAAUGGACGCUCUCGAGCAUGUCCUGAGCAAGAACCCAAUUCAGCUACAAGAAUUUGCUGCAUUGAGCGAUUUUUCAGGAGAGAACAUCGCUUUCUUGAGCGAGCUCGAGGUUUGGAAGUCACGCUGGUCUGAGACGCAUUAUGCCAAGGAACGAUCUGAUACCUUCAACGAAGCAUUGUGGAUCUAUGCGGACUUCAUCAGUACACAUGAUGCCGAAUUCCCGUUGAACCUGUCUUCGAAAGAUCUCAAGCAUCUCGAGGCCAUCUUCGAGAAGCCCACCCGAGCAUUACUUGGAGAGAAGAAGGUAAACCACACGUCGCCUUUUGAAAGUGAUGUGACUUCAACACCUCUACACGAAGCAGUCGCUGAUCGAGGCGUCUACACGGGUGAGAUACCCGACGGGUUUGACAUGGAUGUGUUCAACCACAUUCAAGAUCACAUCAAAUAUCUUGUCUUAACAAACACUUUCCCCAAAUUCGUGGAGUCAAUGCGUCGACGUUCAACCGACACGGAACGCAGCGACUUCUCUGGCGUUUCAGACACUUCCAUCUCCAGUUGGAUCUCGAAGCAGCGUACCAAGCUCCAGUCAUUCAUUUAG